AUACCGACCUCCGUGGACAGGCAGUCGAUGAUUUUCUCAGCAGGAGGACGGAAUUCAUGAGAUUUCCUCAUCGCCUCCCCGCCCUGUUCAGUACAGUACACACUCGGCCCUGAUCUCCCUCGGCCAUUGACGCUGAUUUCGCGACCUAAUCCUUUUUCAGUUGACCGAGAAGAAAGGAAGUAAAAUGCAAGCCAUCAAAUGCGUUGUCGUAGGCGACGGUGCCGUCGGUAAGACCUGCCUCCUCAUCAGCUACACAACAAAUGCCUUUCCUGGAGAAUACAUUCCAACUGUAUUUGAUAACUAUUCUGCCAAUGUUAUGGUCGAUGGGAAGCCUAUCAACCUAGGUUUAUGGGAUACAGCUGGUCAGGAAGAUUACGACAGGCUUAGGCCUCUGUCUUAUCCUCAAACGGAUGUGUUUCUUAUUUGUUUCUCUCUGGUGAAUCCAGCUUCAUUUGAAAACGUCCGUGCAAAAUGGUAUCCUGAGGUACGACACCACUGUCCAUCAACGCCAAUCAUAUUAGUCGGUACUAAACUUGAUCUAAGAGAAGAUAAGGAUACUAUUGAAAGACUAAAGGAAAAGAAAUUAACUCCAAUUACUUACCCUCAGGGCCUAGCUAUGGCUAAAGAGAUUGGUGCUGUAAAGUAUCUAGAAUGUAGUGCGCUGACCCAGAAAGGGUUAAAGACUGUAUUCGACGAAGCCAUCCGAGCAGUACUUUGCCCGAUCCUUCAGGUGAAGCCAAAGAGGAAGUGUAUUGUGUUAUAAGGAUGUUUGUAUAUUUUUAAACAAAUAUGCUAAUCACCGAGUCAAACUAUAGACCUGGUAUCAACGAUAUCUGAUCAAACGCAGUUAUGGCAAUAGGUUCCACCCCAUUAAAAUCAUUAAAACCCAUUGCUGGCUGUAAACUACCCUUAUGACUGUAAAUAGUUUUUAAUGAGCCUAAAAAAAGAUAAAUAAAAACUUAAUAAAACAAGUUUUAUGUUACCUGAGUUGUA